CCAAAUGUUCAUUCAUUUUCAGGACAUGGUUCGGCGAGGGGAAAUCAUAGACAACGACUCCGAAGAUGAGUUCUACCUCCGGCGCUUGGACGCAGGGCUGUUUGUCCUCCAGCACAUCUGCUACAUCAUGGCGGAGAUCUGCAAUGCCAACGUCCCCCAGAUUCGGCAGAGGGUUCAUCAGAUCUUAAACAUGAGAGGAAGCUCCAUCAAAAUUGUCAGGCACAUCAUCAAGGGUGAGUUGGCCAUUGUUGUGCCUGGGGCUCCGGGGAAUUCUGUGCUUCCUUUCUGAGUCUGUGUCAAUAUCCCUGGG